AUGGUAUACAAGCGUCGCCGAGUGGGCAGUGGAGCAUCUUCUCAUUACUCUGCUUCGUCUCGCCCACAGUCACUCUCACGAUUGAGCUCUGUUCCAAAUAAUCUUGCCGCUUCGUCCCCUGCACUUCCAUCUCUCCGUCGUCAGAACAGGAAUUUCUCGAGAGCUUCUAGUUCGCAACCAUUUGUAUUCUCCUCCCAGCGCGACCGAGAUGUUGUCCGCGCAGAAGUAUUCGAAACUGAAGCAGAAAUUGAAGCCCGUGAGAACACGGACGCUGUCAACGAGAUCAUUAUGGCGAUUGACUUGAAGGAUGGGGGCACAAUUGGAUGCGCAUACUACGCUGCCAGAGAAGAGAAGCUCUUUAUGGUGGCGGACGUCAAGAUGGCAGGUCUCGAUAUUAUCGACACUCUCAAGCUGCAUGUGCAGCCAACCGUCGUCCUGAUUAGCACUCGGUCAGAUGAAAAGCUGGAGAACCACCUUUGCAAGGAUGCUCGAGGAAUCGAUCGACGAGAUGAAGCAAAUGACAUUUUUGGCUCCUAUGUGCUUGACGCGCGCCCUGCCUCCGAGUUCUCUUCUUAUAAAGCCAAAUUAAAACUGCUCAAUCUAGACUUCGCUGGUGAUGGGCCAUCAAAUUUCGCCUUUACAACCCCUGGAGACAAUAUGGGUGGAGAUACGCCGAACGACAUGGGCAAACUCAUGAGGCUUGCAGGCUGGAUUGACCUUGAUAGUGAGCUCACGCUUGGAUGCGCAGGUGCCGUGAUGGAAUACCUAGGACGACGGAGGAGUGUUGACUACUUACCAAAUGACGAAGAAGCUCUGGUAGCCUUUCGAAUCCGUGCCGUUGAAACGUUCGCACUCUCGGAUUUGAUGUACAUCAAUACCGAUACAUUAGUAUCACUCCAGAUUAUUCAGUCUGAAAGACAUCCGAAUUCACACAUGCAAGGCCCGAACCAGGCAACCUCGGGAGCGAAGGAAAGCCUUUCUGUUUACGGGCUGUUCUCCAGACUUGCUCAUACCCCGCAAGGAAAACAGAAGCUGCGGCAAAUAUUUCUACGACCUAGUUUGGACUUACGAAUCAUCAAAGAAAGGCUGAAAACAACAAGCACAUUGCUUCAGCCAGAGAAUUCGCCUCUUCUGGACCAGAUGGUAAGAGGCUUCAAGAGGAUCAAAGACGUGCGAUCGGUCAUGGUGCACCUACAUAAAGGCACCAGUGGCAGAGGUAUCCGCAACGGUGUGUGGGCGAAUCUGCAAAAUUUCACUUUUUACUGUUUGCAAGUCCUUGAAGCUGUCAGCGAGUUGAAAGGUAGUCGGGAUCUUGUGGUCACUGCCAACAUCUUGAACCAGAUACAGGGUGCUCAUCUCACUGCAAUUGGCACCAUGAUUGAAGAAGUUGUCGAUUUUAAACAAUCAGUGGAACAGCACCGCACUGUCGUCAAACAAGGGGUUGAUGCUGAACUAGACAACAUGAAGAGAACCUAUGAUGGUCUUGACAGUAUGCUUACUCAAGUUGCCACCGAGGUCUCACAUACCGUGCCAGAAUGGGCAGCUCAAUACGUAUCCAACUGCAUUUUCUUUCCGCAACUUGGAUUUCUCACGGUUGUCCCCCUCGACCCGGAGACAGGUAAAGGAAAAUAUGAGGGUGAGGGAGUGGAGAACGAUAUAUGGGAGAGGAUGUUUACCAGUAAUGACAUGGGCUACUAUAAAAACAACAGAAUGAAAGAACUAGACGCUUUCUUUGGAGAUAUAUUUGGACUCAUUUGUGACAAGGAGAUUGAAAUCCUGCACAGCCUAGCCAUCAGAACCCUAGAGCAUGAGCAAUUUCUCUUAACUGCGUCAGAACUAUGCGGAGAACUUGAUAGUCUUGUCGCUUUAGCUUUGGGUGCGCGCAAGUACGGCUACAAUCGACCUGAGAUGACGGCUAGGAAUGUUCUACAAAUCAGAGGCGGCCGCCAUCCCUUGCAAGAGCUGACCGUUCCAGCGUACAUCGCUAAUAGCUGCUUCCUUGCUGGAGGUCCUGGAGAUGAGGAUGACGCUAGCCAUUCUGAGGAUAAUUCAGACAUCAUGUCAACAGUCAAGGACAGUACAGAAGAUCCUAGCAUGCUCAUUAUGACAGGCCCUAAUUAUUCUGGAAAAAGCGUCUAUCUCAAGCAGAACGCCUUGAUAGUUUACAUGGCUCAUAUCGGGAGCUACGUUCCUGCAGACACAGCAACAAUCGGACUGACUGAUAAGAUAUUGACGAGAAUUGCAACCCGAGAAAGUGUAUCAAAGAAUCAGAGCGCCUUCAUGAUUGAUCUGCAGCAAAUUGCUUUGGCCCUGACGCUGGCCACUAAUAGGACUCUGCUGGUGGUUGACGAGUUUGGCAAGGGCACAAAUUCCUAUGACGGUGCUGGUCUAUGUUGUGGUGUUCUUGAAUAUCUUCUCAGUCUUGAGAGACACCAGCCAAAGGUGCUCGCAGCAACCCACUUCCAUGAAAUAUUCGAAAAUGGAUACUUACUGGAGAAGCCUGAGUUGUCCUUUGGCCACAUGGAAGUUCGUGUGGAUCAUGUCGCUGAAGCCAUUGAAGACCAGGUCACGUACCUCUACAAUUUCGUGCCGAGCCGAAGCAACUCAAGCUUUGGAACUACUUGUGCCCUGAUGAACGGCAUAGAUCCAGCCAUUGUGGACAGAGCUGAAGAAUUGAUCCUGAUGGCAGCUCGAGGCGAGGAUCUGGUCCUCGCAUGUUCGGCAAUGAGUCCAGAUGAUGCUCAAAAUUACGAAGAAGCGGAACAAAUCGGCAGAAGAUUUAUCGAGAAAGAAUUGCCACACCCAGAGGACCAGCGUCGAGACGGAAUCGCUAUCCGAAGUUUUCUAAAUGAUGUUUUAGCUGUGGAUUGA